AUGAAUGCACUUUCUUAUUCUAGCUCAGGUGUUAAAAACGAUACUAUCGGGAACUCAUUUUCACAGCAAGCUCAUCUAAAUGCCACAAGCUCAGAUUUGUAUGUGGUGAUCAGCAAUGAUCAAACCGUUCAAGGUUGGUACUAAAAUUCCUACGUUUUCUUAAAAUUUUAGCGUUGAUGUUUUCUCCGACAUGUAUAGUACUUGUUAGUGUUUUGCCCUAUACAUUGGUCUAUAACCGAGUAACUAAUUGUGUAGAUAAUUCCGGUGUGUAAUCUUAGUUUCAUACGAAGUAUACUAUAAAAAACAUAGAGGCAUGUAUGUACGUACAGGCUAUUCAUUUUUUCAGAAGUAUACGUAACUACAACUGUUUAAACUUCAAACGCCAUGUUUUUACCAAGCUUUCAAAAUGUAUACAGCUCAUAUUGUUACAUGCUCACAGUCUCGCGGGAAACUUAAACUUCGCGAAAAUAGAAGAGACAGAUGGAACCGAUGACUUGAAAACUGCUUUUUAUAGGUUUGAAAUCAGUUGUAUCGUUAUAAUGUUACAAUCAGGGUGCGAAUUUGAAAGUACCAGUACACAAUCAUUUUCAGUCACGGUUUGCGUUUAAACAUGCACAACCACUUUCUUUAAAGUUCCGCCAGGCAAAUAAUAGCCCAGUCGUAGCUCAGUACGACAAAAAGAGCAUUAGAAAAAAGGUAUAAAAUUUCGCGUUUGCAUCAAAUAUACUCAAUAAUUUUUUGCUCCGGCCUUUAAAUUUCCUAUAUUUAGGUGUAGCGAAAAUCGCGAAAAAAAAGAUCCCUCAAAUUUAGUGACAAUAAGGUAUGUAAAUUUCACCAGGGAAGGUGAUCGAUGGCGAUGCUCAUGUCCAUCAUACCCUGACGGACGCAGUUGAUAUACCUGACAACACGUUUUGGAUGCAGGAUGGUGCAGAUGACACUGUCGAUCAAACAAAGGGUAAGUUUAUAUAA